CGUGUCGUAUAUAGACAAAGGGGGUCUGCUUAUUUGAUGUAUUUUCGACAAAGAAACUCUCUACAGGUGAAAAAGAACAUGUUUCGUAUUGGACAGGAUUUGUGAUGGAGGCCAGUAUCAAGAGGACAUCUCUGGUCGGUGACAUCGGGCUGAGAGAAGAGGAAGUUUCGUCAGACACGGAGAAUCGUAACGAUAAUGAUGUGUUUCACUGUGGGAAGUGUGAGCUACAGUUCCAGUGUUCGUAUCAACUCCAUCACCACAUUGCCUACACACACGCUGGCAUCACCAUGGACACAGCUGAGCGACUGCCCAAUCCAUAUCCUGUUGAGCCUCUCGCCUUGAACCUGAAGCACUCGAAUAGGGUCGAUUCACCAAUCGUGAACAAGUCACGUGAGCCUAGUCCUCUAUCCAAACCUUUCCGCAAAAGUUUGCAGAGUGUUGCCCUUGAUCUUUCGAAACCACCCUCAAACUCCGGUGAGGCACUAGACCUAUCAACAACAAAACUACCAAGCUUCAGGGAGGGGGAGGUGACUACGUACAGGAGUCAUCAAGGGGAGGCCACUCCAAGUAAUGAUCAAAGUCAUUCCUUUGAUCAAACUACUUUCGGAAAAAGAUGUAACAGUGAUUUAGGAAAAGCAGCUGCCGAUGACAUGGUUAAGAGUGGACAGUUUUUGGUAGACAACUCAUCGGAGGCUGAUAAUCUGAUGUCCGGUCACAACUCUGAAGGGGAAGAUGAAAACCAUCUUGUGAUUGAUUGUUCCAGCUCUACAAACAAUUUUUCAAAUGAAGAAAUAAAUUAUGAACCAAGUCACAAAGACAGUCUGGAGUCUAAUAUUUUGACAAAAAGCCAAUUUCAAUUUCCGUAUGGCAAGCGUAAGUAUCAUAUGCCUGACAACGGAGGUCAAGAUCAUGGUAACCGGCAAGGUCAGCAUCAUCCAAUCCAGAGUCAUGGUCAGCAGUCAGAUAACCAGGGUCAAGUUCUGUCCCCUCAGAACCAAAGUCAAGGUCAUCUCCUACAAAGCGAAGGUCAAGGUCUGUCUGCAGGAGCCGAUGCCGGACGGUUCAAUGGUUUGUCAUUUCCAUUCAGCCUGCAGCAGCAUCUAAUGAUGAUGAAUGGUAGUGGGGCAUCACCUCCUAAUCCGAACUAUAACGUCAUGCCAUCGGAUAUGCAACAGAGUCUUAUGUCUUUCCAACAGCAGUUGUCUCCCUUUAUGCAGGGCAAACCAGGCCCUGUGAAAGCCGCCAAGGUGAGUCGUCGCUCCAGGGUGAAGGCCACAGACCUUCAAGUGGACAAGAAUAAGACGGUGGUGGAAAUUUACGAGUGUAAAGUAUGCAACAGGAAGUUCUCCCAGGUCGGAAACUUCCACAACCACAUGAAACUUCAUAGCACCAAGGUGUGUGUAUGUGGCAUCUGUAAGGUUGAGUUCCUCGACAGCUAUGAACUGCAGCGUCACAUGCGUAAGACGCACACAGGAGACAUGCCUUAUAAGUGUGAACAAUGCGACCGUGAGUUCAGCCAGUACAACAACCUACGGAGACAUCUCCGCGUACACAAUGGAAAGUCCUACAAGUGUCACAUCUGUGGACGUACCUUUAACGAGGUGUUUUACCUGGAGAUGCACAUCGGGUCCCACACAGGAGAGCGGACCUAUAGCUGUGGUGUGUGUAGUUUAUCCUUCAGUGACAAUGCAGAGCUCCAAAGACACGUGCAAACACACAGCGCCGCUGAGCUUCACACAUGUGAGGUUUGCGGGAAAUCCUUCAGUAAAGCUUGUGUAUUAAGGCAGCACAAAAAGAUGCACUCCGGUCUUCGUCCGUUCAAGUGUGACAUUUGCGACAAGGCUUUCAUUCAUCGUCAUCAUCUGAAGAUACAUUCACGUAUGCACAGCACUGAUAAACCCUAUAGGUGUAAGAUCUGUGGGAAAGAUUUUGCUCAGACAAGCCACCUAUACAAGCACGUCCGACAACAUGCACAGAAUACUGGCGAGGAAGAAUCUGAUGUUCGUACUCAGGUCGACAUCCAAGCCCUGUACCCAGGGCUCUGUCAAGGAUCCCGCGGCACUCCUAGUCCCCUGACCACGUCUGGAGUGAGUGACCUUUCACAGUCAUCCGGCUCUCCAAUAAACAGCCCAGUUAUGGAGGGAGAAUGUCACGAUGAUCCAUCACCUGGUGAAAAUGAUCUGCCUUUAAAAUCACAGCUGUCUGAUAACGAGGAUGAAAAUGGAUGUAAUGAUCUUAAUGUUAGUUCAGCUGGCAAAUUUAAAGCUGUGUUGCCCGAUAUGACAAUGGCCACUGUUGGCUGCGAAGAUACUUAUAAAUUUGACGACGGAAUAGGUCUUGGUCAUAACAUGAACGAAGAUGAGGAGGACUUGAUGGAUCAGCCACUGGAGGAUAUAAAACGUAGAGAGGAAAGCACAGCAUCAGAUACUAUGGAAUCAGAUUUUGACACAGAAUCAGGAGAGUUAUCUCCCCUUGCAAAUGAAGGGCAGCAUGACUACAGAAAAUUUGACAUUGCAAAACGUUUGGUAACCACCGUUGCCAAUCAUGCCAAUAGAGCAGAAUUUCCGUAUCAAGACAAAGUCUCAUCUGCAGAACAUCCUGUUGAGAGAAAUAAAUCAGAUUGUGAAGAUUUUUCUGAACGGAUUAAGAAAGAAUGCAGCCAGAUGUCACAAAGUAUGGAUGACAUUAAAUCUGAUGUUACACUUGACCAAAAAAUGACAAUAAAUCCCGAUACUGAAGACAAUAUGGGAAACAUUAGAAUGAAGUCUGAAACGACAGAAGGAAAAAAAAGACAGGAGAAAAAUGGACAGACAGUAAAACAGAGGUAUUCCAUUGAGCAUCUUCUCAAGAAUCCAAAUGAACAGGAAGUUUUCGAUAAUGGUGGAAAGGAACGUGAACCUUUUGAAAGAAAUUUUAUUAAAGGCAAGAUUGGUUCAGAACUACACCCAAUGACUGGACCGAGAGUGGGAAUGACGACAGAUCUACAUCACACAGGUGUUUCAAAACAUUCAUCCAUUACCGAGUUUCAUUUUAAAAAUACGGCAAGUCUACAUCGAAAGGAAUCGUCACAACAUCCACUUCACAAUGGAUCCUGUGUUAAUAGUACACAAAACCCAGCUAUGUCUGUUUUCGAUAUUCAUCUGAGUUCUAAUUCAUAUGACCUUCACCAGAACUCUCUCAGACAAGGUCAAGGUCACUUAGACCAACAUUCUGCACGGCUGAGUGAGUCUAUAUCUCCCAUGAGUUCUGACCAUUUGUCCACAGCAUCUUCAUUGGAAACAGAAAUGUCAAGGUCAAGGUCGUCAAGUCUUGAAAGUGAGGAUAAGAGGUCAAGGUCAUAUAAAAUGAAAUGUGAGUUGAUAGGCCAUGGUAACACGAGGGAAGAGGAUGUGACAUCAUCUACAGAUGACCACACUGUGAGUAAUAGCAAUGUAAGUUCAGGCGAGCAAAGGGAAGACAACUCUAGUCCGUACAAUAUGCAGUCGUCAAAAGACUUUGUAUCCAGAGAGGUUUCUCAAUAUCCAACUGAGGGAGGUUUGAGUUCUGACAGGUCAUCCACUCACGCCAAACCAAAACAGAAAAGGCGCAGACGUCAAAAUGUCAACAAAGUCAUUCCUCCAGAGCAGAAUUACCUCCCUUUGGUCCCUAAUUUAGGCAUUGAUCCCCAACAGAUGUACUUGUUGCAGCUGCACCAGAUGCAAAUGGCAAUGGCGGCCUCGAUGGCUGCUGGGGCCCAUAUGUAUCCUUUCUCAGGCAGCAGGGUUAUGCCCGGAGGAAAUUUCGAUACCAGCACUGCUUAUUCCCCUGAAAUUAGUCAUCACCAGCAUUUCAACAGGGAUAGGUCAAGGUCACAGUCACCACAAGUGCCUAGGUCACAUAACCUACACAGACUUAGUCAAGAAGGCUUGCUUCAUUCGCCAUCAAUUUCGCCACGAAACAAAGAUGUCAGUCACUCUGGGUCACCAAAGUCGUCAAACUUGACCCCUUCAGACAAAGUGACCUCAUCCCGGGAGGAAAUGAUGAGGUUUAUGAUGUUGAAACAGGAAAUGGCCAGCAACGGACACAGUUGAAGAAUUAUAGAAUAAUUGGUAUCAUUUUACUGUAAUCAGACAACAAAAUUAUUACGGUGUAUAUAGUGGUUUAAAGGCUAUCUACAUGUACCUGAAAACUCUAAAAGCUAGCUGUCUUAACCCUUUCACCCCUAGGUAACUUUAGUAGACUCUAUCAUAUAUUUAUCCGGAUGAGUCCAUUAUGGUUUACACUGGUGAAAGGGUUAAAACUAGUUCGCUAGCAAUAUUCAAUAAUGACACAAAGUUUUUGUAAAAUACUUUAAAAAAA